UACGAAGACGUCCUAAUACCACCAUUCCAACAACCUCCCUCUUCGUUACCUAAUGCCGUUUCCAGCUUCUUCUCAGGACAACCCACCAUCCCUCAAUUCCACAGUCGAGCCGAGAGCGGCCAACUGACCUCUCUUUUUAUUUUGCAUAAUGGCUUUCCUGAGCGACGAAAAGAAAUUGGAAAAUUCUUACUAGACUGUCCUCCAGGAGAAGUUAAUGAUGUAUUUAAUG